CGGCCUAAUGCCAACACUAGUACUGCACUUUUUGAUUACUCUACGCUUUAAUAGCCAGCGGUGGGACUGGUCAUUUGGACAAACUGCUAGCAGAAAGGAGUUCUGCCAUACACAUAGUCCGCGCUAAGACGCAGUCCUUGGAACUACAAAAGCAUUCACCUGGCGCUCAACAACAAUGCUUCAAAUGGUGGCAAUCUUGGGAGCCUAAUGCAGUUCUCGGAUCGCUGGAAAUCAACAGCCAACAUGUUGAUUUGACUGCGGCUGUGUAAUCUACUAAAUCAUAGCCUACUUUCCUUGAAAGAAACCAAAGGUAUAGUGGAAAGCACAAAACUCUCCCGGUGUGUCUAAAGAUGACAGGUGAGCCAGGUUAUUUUCAUUUGUCGGGAAUAGACAGCAUAAAAGGCACCGAAAAUGACGCCGCUGGCGCUGACCAAACGCUUAAACUUGGAGACCUAGCCGGAGGCAUUAUACUUCAGCGAAUCUUCAAAUAUCUGGUGUACGAUGAUGUAAUUGAUUCUACCAGUUUUUUGCCAUCCACGUUUGUCUUCCAAGAUAUCACUGCAUACCACUUUCAUAUCCGAUGCAUUAACGAAUACGCUCUCAUCUGUCGACAGUGGAUGGAGUCCCUGAAGCCAUAUGCUUGUCGCAUCAUAUAUAUCACUAGUGAACUUCUCUUUGAUCCGCUUAAUGAUGAUUACGACGCUUCGUUCGACAAAGUGCAAUCAAACCGGUCGCAGAGGUUUUGGUGGUCAAACAUAAAAUCGGUUAUUCGCAUGGGUGGAACCCAGUUUACCAAACGACUAACGAUACACAACCCUUCGCGUGGAUCUCCUCUAUCGCUCGACGUACUUUUAGAAGGGUGUGGGUUUGGAGCAACGACUUGGCCGGAUCUUCGAGAUAUUGUAAUGAGUGGGGAGUACGAAUUCUUAUCAAAAGUUCCAUUUCCAGAGCAUAUCGAUUCGGUCCAUGCCUAUCUGUCGAGACUGGCACCAUCGCUUGGUAACAUCCAUUGCGACCAGGUCACGUCGAUAUAUCCAUCUUAUCCAGAAUUGGAGACUACCGUGGAGGAAACGAUAUAUGCGCUUGACAACAAGUUUACGGACAAAAGGCUCUAUCUUGAUAGCUCGAAUGCCUUCUACUUGUCAGCCACAUACUUCCCACAUUUGACUAGCCUGGUUCUAUUCGACAUGUAUACCUUCUGCAAUGGCUGGUUGAUGAAAUUUCUUGCACCUACACUAAAGGAGCUUGCGAUCCAUCCCAGCUCCAAACCAUCGUAUAAAUGGGCGCAGUUUGCUGACAGUGAUGCCGAUACAAUCGAGUUCAAGGAGCUGAUCACACUGAAGCUAUCCGGAGAUAUUCUCCAUGACACAUUUUUUCCUACCUCUCCUUACCUUCUGACUUCUCUCGGGCAUCAAAAGCUGCUUCUCCCAAAGCUCCGCACGCUGGAGGCUGAUCAAGGAUCGAAUGCACAUUUUAGCCUCCUGGACCAAUUCACCAAUAUCCCUUUGAGGACUCUGGCUAUUACUGAGCAUUGCAAGUAUUUGCCGUCCAUCAACCCGCUGCUGCUGAGCAACGUCGAACAUCUAUCUUUCACUCUAUGGAACAGGGGUAAUACUACGCACACCGUCAACCCGAGGACCACAGUCGGACAGCUAUUCGAGGCAUAUUCAGAAGCCAGAUCCGCAGAUAUUCGCGCCCCACAGCUCGCCGCCACAUGUCUGAAUUGGCCAUACCUCCAGAACCUAAGAUUUGAUCUUUCUGAGGUCGACUGGAACCUGGUGGAGGGACUCAUCAGCAAGCUCCCACAUCUACGGAGGCUAUCAGUUUCCACAAAUCCAUGCUGGGUUGAAACUGAGGAUAUCCCGGGACUCAGACGCGAGAUAGGCAGCUAUGAACCUACCUCAACGAACGUGAUUAGCCGGAGUCUUGAGGCAUUCGAGUACAACCAUUACUAUGGUCAUAGUGACCCAGAUGUUUUCGAGUUUAUCCAGCAGCUGGUUUUACGCACACCGUCUCUUCUGACCAUUAGCGUAUGGGACUGUUAUCAGAGGGCUGUUUCCAAGUUGAUCGCAGGCCGUGACAUCGAGAUUAGAAUUCUGUAGGUUCCUGUUUCUUGCAACCUCGUUUUUCUCGGAAUACAUUGU